AUGUACUUCACCAAACUUACUCUGAGAUCUGUCACAUUUGUGGCCGAUUCCCCAAGACUUUCACCCAAACACCUCUACAAAAUUCCUGACACAACACCUUGGAUAGUCACCAACUCGGAUGUACAACCCUUUUAUAACUUCAAGGCCGAUGUUCUUACCCCAGCCCCGAGAGACUCUGGGCCCAAUGCUAGAAGUUGGUUAGUGUUCGAGGGCCCGAUUCACGCUGAGUCAACUACCAGCCCUAUCACAGUUCAUGCUACUGCCUCCAACUACUAUCAUGAAAUUCCGCUCAGCUAUCGCUUGCCGGAGCCUCAGAUCUACGGCCAGUUACUGAUGCAUAUCUUGAUCGAUUCUGAUACGGUUUCAGCUAAAUCUAACCAAGUGAUGGGCCGGACAUUUGUUUGUCACUGUUCCUCAAUUCAUAUCCAAAGGCUAUUCUCCAAUCUCCUCUUAGAUCAAUAUUUCUGGAUCAAUGGAAUUAUCACCAACACUAAAGAAAGCUUUAUCUAUGUUGAAAUCGACGCACUGAUUGUCUGA